GCGAUCCCAUCCUAUAUCGGCAUCAGAACUUCCCCAACGUUCUAGCAACAUGAACUCCUACUUCGUGAUCGCUUUGAGUGCUCUGUUUGUGGCUCUGGCUGUUGGAUCGUCCCUUGAUCUGAGCGAUGAGCAGAAGAAUCUGGCCAAGCAGCAUCGUGAGCAGUGCUCCGACGAAGUGAACCUUACCGAGGAGGAAAGGGCCAAGGUCAACGCCAAGGACUUCAAGAACCCCACCGAGAACAUCAAGUGCUUUGCCAACUGCUUCUUCGAGAAGGUCGGAACCCUCAAGGACGGUGAGCUGCAGGAGUCCGUGGUCCUGGAGAAGCUCGGCGCUCUCAUUGGCGAGGAGAAGACCAAGGCGGCUCUGGAGAAGUGCAGGUCCAUCAAGGGCGAGAACAAGUGUGAUACCGCCUCCAAGUUGCACGAAUGCUUCGAGAGCUUCAAGCCCGCCCCCGAGGCUAAGGCCUAAAGGAGUUAG